CUCAGCCUCUCCAGUAUUCUCUCGGUUGCCGUGAAAGGCAGAACACACACACAGGCGGCAGGAUGUCGAUCGUCAGCAUCGUUGCCAGGGAGAUCUUGGACUCCCGGGGAAACCCCACUGUGGAAGUGGACCUUAACACAGAGAAAGGUCUGUUCAGGGCUGCGGUGCCCAGUGGAGCAUCCACAGGGAUCUAUGAGGCUCUAGAGCUACGAGAUGGAGACAAGAGCCGCUACAAGGGCAAAGGUGUUUUGAAGGCAGUCGGGCACAUCAACGACACUUUGGCUCCCGCCCUAUUAGCCUCUGGCAUCAGCGUGGUGGAGCAGGAGCAGCUGGACAACAUGAUGAUUGAGAUGGACGGCACAGAAAACAAAUCUCAGUUUGGGGCCAACGCCAUCCUGGGGGUGUCUCUAGCCAUCUGUAAGGCCGGUGCUGCGGAGAAAGACGUCCCCCUGUACCGCCACAUAGCCGACCUGGCUGGAAACACAGAGCUGGUGCUGCCUGUUCCUGCCUUCAAUGUGAUAAAUGGAGGUUCCCAUGCAGGUAACAAACUGGCCAUGCAGGAGUUUAUGGUUCUUCCUGUUGGAGCUGAGUCUUUCAAGGAGGCAUUGAGGAUAGGAUCGGAGCUGUACCACACGCUGAAGGGGGUGAUCCAGGAGAAAUACGGCCAGGAUGCUACCAAUGUGGGAGACGAGGGAGGGUUUGCUCCCAACAUCCUGGAGAACAGUGAGGCUCUGGAACUGCUGCAGACGGCCAUAGAGAAGGCUGGUUUCACGGACAAGGUGGUGGUCGGGAUGGACGUGGCCGCCUCAGAGUUUUACCGUGAUGGCAAAUACGACCUGGACUUCAAAUCCCCACCAGAUCCAGAGAGACACAUCUCAGGAGAGGAGCUGGCUGACAUCUACCAGGGCUUCGUCAACAACUACCCAGUGGUGUCCAUUGAGGACCCAUUCGACCAGGACGACUGGGAAGCCUGGUCCCGUCUGACGGCCCAGGUGGGGAUCCAGGUGGUUGGGGACGACCUGACAGUGACCAACCCUAAGAGGAUAGAGAAAGCUGCUGAAGAGCGAGCCUGCAACUGCCUGCUGCUCAAAGUCAACCAGAUCGGCACCGUCACUGAGGCCAUACAGGCGUGUAAACUGGCUCAGGCAAAUGGUUGGGGUGUGAUGGUCAGCCAUCGUUCAGGAGAGACCGAGGACACUUUCAUCGCUGACCUAGUGGUGGGACUCUGCACUGGACAGAUUAAGACCGGCGCCCCCUGCAGAUCUGAGAGGCUGGCCAAGUACAACCAACUCAUGAGGAUUGAGGAAGAGUUGGGCGACCAGGCUCGCUUCGCAGGACAUAACUUCAGGAACCCCAGCGCCCUGUGAAACUGACAGACAGAGGAAUGACUCACACACACACACACACACACACACACACACACACACACACACACACACACACACACACACACACACACACACACACACACACACACACACAUACACACACACACACACACACACACACACACACACACACACACACACACACACACACACACACACACUCGACUGACAUUGAGCCAUUUACAAUGAAAGAUCAUGACAAAACACACGAGCAAAAGAGAAAAGCAAAAAAAAGAUUUAAUAAAAUAAAUUAUGCACUGGACUUAUAGUGAAGGAGGGGAUGUGUGUGCAUACACACUCAGAGUAAGCAGAUGCAACAAGCGCUCACGCACAUGCAGGGGAAUACCAUAAAAAUAUCUAAUUUAUAAGCCAGACAUGCACUGUUACUGUAGUUUUAAAGGAAUAGCUCAUGUACAGCCAGAAGAUAGACCUGCAACAAUAAAGAUUAUUGUUGUAAAAACCGAGAGAUAAAUAAGUAGAAAUAUAAUAGAACUAUGUAGACUGACGCACGCAACUGAAAGAGAUAAAAAAAAUACAACUUUCAGCACCAAAAGAGGACGAUGCACCCGCAGAAAGAAACAGCAGUUUCAGGGACUGAGUGAAAAAAGAAGAAAACUACACAAACACGAGAACACUUACACACUCAGCAGCAUCACACUCUCACCUGGACACUGAAGUACCUGCACUCCACCCACUUCUGUCCUCAUCCCCUCUUUGUCUCCUUUUUCUUCUCAUGUCUGUUUCUCAGUUUCCAAAUCCCACUUUUUCUUCCCAUCCUGAUGUUAUUGCGAUUAUUUGUCUUUAUGCUUGAAAUCCCGACUUUGUCCUAAAGAACAAGAAAAAAAAUCUGAACCCUGAAUCCCUCCAUUCCUUCAGUUCCUCCUGAAUGUCUAUAGAAUAGAUAUGUUGAAAAAGAAGAAAUACAACAAAAAAAAGAACGCUUGUCAUUAAAAAUAAUGUGAAAAUAUGUGAAAUAAAAGAUGGUAUUUACAAUUUCAA